AUGGCCGACGAAAAGAAAGCAGAACCCGCUGAGAACCCCGAACCACCGAAAUCCGAAGAGCCGGUUAAGCCGGCGUCAGCGCCUGCUGUCGAGGAGAAGGCGCCACAAGAAGCUCCGCCAAAACCUGAAGAACCUCCGGCAGCUCCGCCAAAAGCCGAAGAGCCGCCAGCAGCUCCGCCAAAAGCCGAAGAGCCGCCAGCAGCUGCGCCAAAAGCCGAAGAGCCACCGAAGCCUGAAGAACCUCCUAAAUCGGAUUCGUCAAAAGAUGAUAAGGAUAAGAGUAAGAGUGAUAAACUGGAGACCACCGGCAAACAGGCCGGCCAGCCUGUUCUUCUACGAUCUAAGAAGACUAAGAAGCGACCACGAACCAGAAGAAAGUCGGAUAUUCCUGAUUGCAAAACGGUUGACAAAUGCAGCGCAAAAUCGAAUGACGAAUUAUCGCAAAAUGAGUGGCUCAAUGAUCUUAUCAAGGAUGAUCGACCCCCGUCAAUUUGCGGCGGAAUUAAAAAAUUCCUCUGUCAAUACAAAUAUCAAAUCAUUGGAGGAAUCGCGAUUGUUGGUCUCGUUGCUUUCUUCGCGAUGAAAAAAGGAUGCGGUACUAAACGAUGUCCGUUUACCGGAAAGAAGUAA